AAUGGUGAGGAACACCCGGUCGCUUAUUGCAGCCGUUCACUUAAUAAGCAAGAAAGGAAUUACUCUGCUACAGAAAGAGAGGCGUUAGCGGUCGUCUUUGUUGUAGAACAUUUUCGUCCUUACCUGGAGGGUAGUCGACCUUUUAGGAUAAUCACUGAUCAUUCGAGUUUGAAAUGGUUUUUGAACUUAAAAAACCCCACUGGAAGACUGGAACGUUGGGGUUGUCGUUUGUCUCCUUACAAUUUUACCGUCGAACAUCGGAAAGGGAAGGAGAAUGUGGUACCUGAUGCACUGUCUCGUGCAGUGCCCGUGAAUGUUGUUUCCUCCAAUAAUGACUCUUGGUACGCAAAUAUCCUCUCCCGGUGUCUAAAACGACCCCAGUCAUGCCCUAACUACCAGAUCAUCGAAGGUAGGCUGUAUCGGUAUACCAAAAGCAACUCAACCUUGACGAGCGACUUCGACUGGAAGGAAGUAAUCCCGCCGGAAGAGAGACUGAAUGUUAUUAUAAAGAACCAUGACACGCCCAUGGGGGCCCAUAUGGGAGCUGAAAAGACAUACAAGCGUUUAAGACUCCGCUACUUUUGGCCUGGCAUGUACGGCGAUGUAGCGGAUCAUGUGGCCAAAUGCGACAUUUGUAAAUCUUACAAGCAUCAAAACCAACUCACUCCAGGUUUGAUGGGUGAGCCCAAAGUUUGUCGUCGCCCAUUCCAGUGCAUCAGCAUGGAUUUAGUUGGUCCACUGCCACGGUCGCGACAACAACACGAACACCUUCUGGUAGUAGUAUGUUGUUUUACCAAGUAUUGUCUACUCUUCCCGCUCCGCCGUGCCACUAGUAAAAAUGUCGCCGGGAUUCUGGAGGACCACAUCUUUUUGGUGCAUGGUAUUCCACAAACAGUAAUUGCAGAUAAUGGACCCCAAUUCAUCGGGCAUGAAGUAAAGGACUUAUUCCUCAAGUAUAAUAUCCCCCAAGUCCACUACACACCUAUUUACACUCCUCAGGUUAACACUGUCGAGCGUUAUAAUAGGACCGUCGUUACCGCCAUCGCUACAAUGGUAGGGUCGGAUCACCGAACUUGGGAUUGUCACCUUGCAGAAAUACAGUUCGCCAUGAAUACAGCAGUCAACGAUACAACGGGUUUCUCCCCAUUUAUGCUAGUACAUGGACGUGAGGCUGUACCGGAUGGACGUGUCUACGGAGAUGUCGAAGACAUUGACGACAUACAGCUAAGCUCUCGAUCGGAGUACAUGCAGAAGUUGAGAGGACUCAAAGAGGUUUUCGUGAGAGUAGACUCAGAACUACAAAAAUCUCAUAGUCGCAAUGCCCGUUAUUAUAACCGUCGCCGGCGUGAUGCUUGUUACAACACCGGGGAUUUUGUUUGGAGGCGGACACAUAACCGUAGUGACGCCGAUAAAUUUAUAGCUCUUAAGCUAGCCCCGAAGUUCGAGAAGUGUAAGGUGAUACAAAAACUGUCAAACCUGGUCUAUCUUUUGGAAGAUGUUAACGGUAGGCAAGCGGAAUGCCAUUUAAAGGAUAUCCGUUGCAAAGUCAGUGAAUAGUUCCGUAGGCCACCGUUGUGUGUGUUGACUUACUCUAUUGAGUAAGCCAGCAAUGCCAAGGACUCAUUCACUAUGCGUCGUUGUGUUGCAAAGUCAGUAAAUAGUUCCGGAGGCCACCUUUGUGUGUGUUGACUUACUCUAUUGAGUAAGCCAACAAUGCCAAGGACUCAUUCACUAUGCGUCGGUAGUUUUUUUUGAGACUUUUUCCAUUUAAUUUAUUUCAGGGUUUACCUCAUUGCUUAGGGACUUUACUGAGUUCGUGAGUGACCCACAUAUUCCGAUUGUUUUAGGUGUUUAGGAUUUAGAGAUGGAGGGCCAUCUUUGAAUUUUUCUCGUACCCUCGAAAAAUUCUGGUGGGGACGGGGGUACUGUAACACCAUUAUUUUUGUAACUUAACAUUUCGUUUAUUGUUUACAAUAAACAUUAUGUUUGUUGUUUACUUUGUUAGUCUUGUCAAGUAUCAGCUGUCAAAUUCGACACACAGGAUAUAGUUUCAGUUGUUGUCUGUGGUCUUUUGAGAAAACUCGUGCUAGAUCGUCAUCGGACAGUGGUCAGUGGCGAUAUGACGCUCAGAACAAUGAUGGUGUUGACUGGCCACAGAGUAGUUUUGUGAGCUGGACCCGACGAUGAGCUGGCAUCCCGGUGAAGGUUUUUUCUUUUUCGGAACUGGCAAGGAGGCGAGCCAUUCUCUGUCAGAACGUCUCGAGUAGAACGUGUGUGGUUAGAUUUUUCUUCCCGGUCCGCGUGGCACAGGCCGUAUUGGUACCAAGUUCCUUGCUUCAUAUUUCCUGGUGAGUAUUUCGAUCGUGGGUUCAGGUUAUCUGAUUGGUCUACGAGAUAGAUUCUGACUAAGUUGUUUCUUUGCAGUUACCAGAUACGUGCCACAGACACCCACGCAGCAUCACACCACGUGUACCUAACCAGAAUUGCCGACAAUUUCAAUCCUGCCCGGUGAAGCGUGCGAUUGCCAGACGCGUGUCACCUGACCCCAACCUCCAAGGUAAGCGCCAUGACCUUCCACGUGUCAAUUAGGUUAUUUUGCAAGUGUCACGUUUAAACAGCAAAGCUACCGCCUUUGAGACAAGCUCUAACCUUCCCAUAAUUGUUUGAUUAGUGAUUGACCGUAGGUUUUAGGUUAGAAAUACCCAGGGGCCAUUCAAGACACGUCACUUGAGACAUGUUAGCUAGGCCUUCGCUGUCCUUACCGACCCAUCCUUGACCCAAGGCUGUUUCUCGCGAUUCCAGAAGGUGUCGUUGGUGACCAGAGCCGUCAGCGAGCCACGAGCCGUCCGGAGCUCCUGUCCUGGCUUCGUCCGGCAGUCCAGGUUGGCCGUUGUAUGUUCGUUGAGCGGAUACUAAGGAAUUUCCUUAGGAUUUCCAUUAAUCUUCAGCGGCAUCAGCCUUCUAACGCCGCUGCUGAAUGUAGGAUUGCAAAGGCAGCACCCGGGUGGACUCUAGCGGGUUAAAACCUUUAUUUUAUUAUUUUUUCUUCAUAGGGAGCCCCGAUAGAACGGGCAGUAGUAUCUAAAUUGCACUUUGAACGUUUUGUAGGCGCUAGGCUAUCAACGUCCUUCGGUUACGGGGCCUUAACGUUAAACUGCUAUCCCAUUGAAGUAAUAUAGAAGUUCCUCUGUGGUUAAUACCAUCCUUCUACCCCUGUGGCGUGAAACGCAGCGGUGGAACCUUGGUUUCUCCACUCUUAUAUAAUUUCCUUGCAAUACCUUGUAUACUUCAACCAGACAAUUAUAAGGACUUAAUCCCUGGUCUCAUUUAAGUAGUAUAAGAGUUUCUCUGUGGUUAAUACCAUCCUUCUACCCCUGUGGCGUGAAACGCAGCGGUGGAACCUUGGUUUCUCCACUCUUAUAUAAUUUCCUUGCAAUACCUUGUGUACUUCAACCAGACAAUUAUAAGGACUUAAUCCCUGGUCUCAUUUAAGUAGUAUAAGAGUUUCUCUGUGGUUAAUACCAUCCUUCUACCCCUGUGGCGUGAAACGCAGUGGUGGAACUUUGGUUUCUCCACUCUUAUAUAAUUUCUACAUAAUAAAUAUUAAUAAUUGUA